CGAAGAGUGUCAGGGCGUGGAGGCAGCAAGCUGAAGGAGAUGAUUGCGUCUGGAUGUCCUUAGUCACGAAAGUUACCUGAUUGAAAUAUCUUGUUUUCUUUUUUAUAUCGGAAACCACCAUCAUUAUAGAAGCAUUUCAAUGGACCACGAGGCGGAGGUGGAGCAGCUGCUGCUGGAGUUUGUGCUGGACCAACAGGAGCUGGAGGAGGUGAUGCACAGAAUGCGCAGGGAGAUGGAGCGAGGGCUUCGGCUGGAGACCCACCAGGAAGCCAGUGUGAAAAUGCUGCCCACCUAUGUCCGCUCCACCCCUGACGGCUCUGAGGUGGGUGACUUCUUAGCGCUGGACCUGGGUGGAACAAACUUCCGAGUUAUCCUCGUGAAAGUGGGACAGAACGAGGAGGGCGAGUGGAGGGUGGAUACCAAGAAUGAGCUCUACUGCAUUCCCGAGGACGUCAUGACGGGCACUGCAGAGAUGUUGUUUGACUACAUAGCAGAGUGCAUUGCCAACUACCUGGACAAACUCAACAUGAAGCACAAGAAGCUACCUCUGGGCUUCACCUUCUCCUUCCCAGUUAAACACGUGGAUCUGGACAAGGGAAUCCUUAUAAACUGGACAAAAGGAUUUACGGCAACAGGAGCGGAGGGAAACAAUGUGGUGGAACUGCUUCGAGAAGCAAUCAAGCGACGAGGGGACUUUGACAUGGACGUGGUGGCCAUGGUGAAUGACACGGUCGCGACCAUGAUCUCGUGCUACUAUGAGGACCACAACACGGAGAUUGGAAUGAUUGUGGGCACGGGGUGCAACACAUGCUACAUGGAGGAGAUGCGCAACGUGGAUCUGGUGGAGGGGGACGAGGGCCGCAUGUGCAUCAACAUGGAGUGGGGGGCCUUCGGGGACAGCGGCGAACUCGAGGACCUGCGCCUGGAGUACGACCGCAAGGUGGACGAGACCUCAAACAACCCCGGCCAGCAGCUGUUUGAAAAGCUAAUAUCUGGAAAGUACAUGGGCGAGUUGGUGAGGCUGCUGGUCAUGAAGCUCACCAACCAGGGGCUGCUCUUCGGAGGAAAGGCCUCGGAGAAGCUGCAGACGCACUUCAAGUUUGAAACCAAAUAUGUGUCCCAAAUCGAGAGCGAUGACGGCGCGGAGAUGAAGCAAACGCUGAACGUGCUGCUGGGGCUGGGUCUGCAGCCCACGGAGGCAGAAUGCCGGCUGGUACGGCGCUCCUGCCAGGCGGUGUCACGACGCGCGGCCUCCCUCUGCGCAGCGGGCAUGGCAGCGGUCGUCAACAAGAUUCGUGAGAACGGCAGCCUGGAGCAGCUCGAGAUCACCGUGGGAGUGGACGGCUCCGUGUACAAGCUGCACCCACAGUUCAAGCAUCAAAUUGCGACGACGAUGAAGCAGCUGGCGCCCAAGUGCGAUGUCACCUUCCUGCAGUCGGAGGAAGGCAACGGACGUGGGGCUGCACUCAUCUCUGCCGUGGCGUGCAAGCUGGCCAUGAGGAUACAGCGCUGAGGCACAUGCACAAGCCCAGCACAGCGGACUGCGGGUCAAGCUGUCAGACACUUUCCCAGAAAUGCCGGACAAGUUAUCACACGGAA